GGUUUUCAGUUUGAAACGUAUGCUAUUUUGAGGGUCUUGAGGUAAGUUAGUUGCUAACAAACCGUAGGGUUUGUUGUUAUAUCUUACACCAGACAAACAUAAGACAGAAGAAAAGUACACAAGUGUUGGUAUAAGAAAUUCUUCUUGUCUUUCUUCCUCUUGAACAGGCGGUUAGUUGGUUUGCUUUUAUUUUGAAAGAGCGGCAGAGCGGAAGGCGCCUCGUCGCUCUCUUCAGCCUGACGCAGUUUGGCUGGGUCACGCUGCAGUCCGGCCGGAUGUUUUGCGUCGCCAGUAUGUGAUGAAGAUGGGAGCGUUUUAACGCCAAGCUUGUCGUGCGGCUCCAGCGGCGGCUCUGACCAGGUGAGAACCCGCCAACAGCGUCCUCAGGGCGGACUCGUUAGCCGGAGGAGCCGCAGGCACCAAUGAGUCAAGUUUUGUGAGUGGGCAGCAGUCAGCCCAGUGUGCUGGAUGUCUGUGACAGACACAUGGGUCAGAAGGACCAUGUGGAGGCAGGUGCAGGCCAUAUCCUCGACCUGGGGCUGGAUUUGGAGUAUCUACACGUAGCGGGGGGUGACCGGCAGGCUGGCGGCGCUGACGGGCCCCCUGCUAUGGAGGAGCAGGGGGAGAGCACCGCUGGCUCCCCUCCACUGACCGUCCUAGAGGAAAACAGUGGGUCCGACGCAGAGGGCGAGUCAGCGUUGACCUCCAGCUCCACCCUCGCUCCAGGUACCGACUCGGAUGGAGGAGACGGAGGGUUGACUCACAGUAAGAACACCCACCAGCCGCUCUGCCGGACCCAGUGUGUGGACUUAGGCACCGAAGGCCCUCCCGAGCCCCCAUCUGAACUUCUAGCAGAGCUUGAAUGUGACGCCCAUGCCCAGUCCACGCUCGACUCCCCGUGCGAGCACCUGCCUGAACCUCCACCCAGUCUGUCUGCUUCAGAGCCUGGCUAUGAGGCUGGUGGGAAAGAGUACCAGGCUAAGCUAGAGUUUGCCCUCAAACUCGGCUACUCUGAGGAGACGGUGCGACUGGUGCUGUCUAAGCUCGGCCCUGACACCCUAAUCAAUGACAUACUGGGAGAGCUGGUCAAGCUGGGCACCAAGUCAGACAGUGAGCAGCCGGCUGGAUUAUUAGCCUCUACCUCAUCCUCUUCAUCUUCCUCAUCCUCCUGUGGUUGUUCUGAUUUGCUGGAAGGCCAGAGGUCAGACUCACCCUGUCAUUCAGACUCUUUGUGUGACCAGGACAACCUGCGGCCAGUCGUGAUAGAUGGCAGCAAUGUAGCCAUGAGCCAUGGGAACAAGGAAGUGUUUUCCUGUCAGGGCAUCCAGCUGGCUGUAGAUUGGUUCCUCGAGCGCGGCCAUCAAGACAUCACAGUUUUUGUGCCUGCGUGGCGGAAAGAGCAGUCCCGACCCGAUGCCCCUAUAACAGAUCAGGAGAUCUUACGUCGCCUAGAGAAGGAAAAAAUCCUGGUGUUCACGCCUUCACGGCGUGUCCAAGGUCGACGUGUGGUCUGCUAUGACGACCGUUUCAUUGUCAAGCUGGCCUAUGAGUCAGAUGGCAUCAUCGUCUCCAACGACAACUACAGAGACCUGGCUAACGAGAAGCCCGAGUGGAAGAAGUUCAUAGAUGAGCGGCUUCUCAUGUAUUCCUUUGUCAAUGAUAAAUUCAUGCCGCCAGAUGACCCUCUUGGUCGUCACGGCCCCAGCUUAGACAACUUCCUGAGAAAAAGGCCCGUCAUGCCUGAGCAGAAGAAGCAGCCUUGUCCAUACGGAAAGAAGUGUACUUACGGUCACAAAUGUAAGUACUACCACCCGGAGCGAGGCGCCCAACCUCAGCGUGCCGUGGCUGAUGAGCUGCGUGCCAGCGCCAAGACCUGCGUCGUCUCAAAGAACCAGGGCGACGCCGGGCUGGUGAAGAGCCACAGCGUGCCAGCUGGCAGCAUCGACGCCAAGAAAGGCGCACCGAAAAGGCAGUCGGACCCCAGCAUCCGAGCUCUGUCAUACAGCGACGCCGAAGAGAAGCUGCUGGCCAAAGGGAGGGUGGAGGUGCAGAAGAAUACUGUGUGUGGCAGCAGCACCAGCAGUAGCAGCUCCACUAGCGGUAGCUGCGGUGGGAGUAUAAGCAUGUCCCCGGCCCCAGGAGGCCCACCAUCCACUCUUGGCCUCCCACAAGAGCAGCAAGCGAGAGCAGUGAUGCCUCACGGUCACUUACCAGCCCCCAGCCAUGACCUUUACCCUCACUGUGAGUCUCCAGACUUAAGCUACUAUUCAGUAACACGUGCUUACUCAGGCCUGAGCCUCUCCUCCAGACGGAGCCCAGACUGUCGCUUCCCCAACGACACAGACCUGCGGCUGGGCUCAGCCGGCUCUGAGUGCAGCAGCGAAAGCAGCGUCAGUUGCGGCAGCAGCUGCGACUCGUACGGCGAGAGGCAGUGUCCCGGAUGCCCCCCGGACCCCUUACUGGAAGACGCUGUCCAUUUUCCUAAUCCCCACGGCCGACUGUACUCCCAUCAUGCCACAUCUAGCCAUGAACUUUGUGGCCUGCAUCCUGCCGAAUACACAAACAUUCAGCACAGCCACACGCCCAGCACAGGACUACACCCUUACCACCUGAGCGCCGCACGCGGGCAGAGCUGCGCUCAUGAUCCGCCCCCACUAGAGGCUCCCCCAAAGCGGCCCCUCUACCCCCUGCCCCCUCAUCUCCAGCACCAACCGCUGACUGCGCGGUCCAGCUGCCCAGGCGACUACCACUCUCUGCCGCAGUCCAACCCCGCACCCCCUGGCUCACCCCUUGGCCGCUGCCUGGCCCCAACGCGAGCAGAAAGUGUGUCCGACUCACACCUGUACGAACACCUCUCCACAUCACACCAUCACCACCGACCAAAAGCCCUGCCCAGCUGGGACAAGUACUACAGGCAGCCGCCGCUGCCGCCAUCCAGAUACGAGCCGCCUACCUACCAAAGCCUGCCAGACACACGGCAGUCGUCCUGGCACACUCCUCCAUGGGCGCAAGACGGCUACGGCCAGCAUCACUCCUCUCACCCAGCUCUCCACCCAUCCCCAACUCAUUACCUCAGCCACCCACCGCCCCCAGCCCACUCUCCUUGCCCGCCUCAUCCAUCCAGCACGCCUCUCCCGCCAUACCCACCUCACAGCUCUCACCUUACCGUGCCCUCCCAUGCCUCUCCCUCCUACAUGUCACAGCACCCAGAAUCCCCCGCGCACAGUCGCUACGGCGAUGCGAGGGAGAAAGUGUACAUAAACCUGUGCAACAUCUUCCCCUCAGACCUGGUAAGCCGGGUUAUGGCCAGAAGCCCCCACAUCACAGACCCCCAGCAGCUGGCAGCUGCCAUCCUUGCAGAAAAAGCCCAAACAGGCUACUGAGGAGGGAAGGCAAAGACGAGCUAAGUAACUGCUUCGCAUAGCAACACUGGUAAAUGGACUGGUACUUGCAGCGCGCCUUUCUACUCAAUUUAAGCACUCAAAGUGCUUUCUCACUCCCUCAGACUUCUGAUUGGUAGACUACCUGCUCUACCACCUGAAACACAGCCGUCCCUACACUGCUGGGAUUACACUUUCAGAUUGUCUGUGAGGAGAGCCGUUUCUUUUCUUAUAUUAAUAAUCAAACAAUGCAAAAGUCUCCAGGACAUAAAAAGCUGAAGAUAAUCCAAAUCCAGGUCUGGUCACUGUGCAGCAACAACUUUUACCAGGUGUGGAAAGAGAGCGAGACACUGGACGAAGUCUGAGAUUUUGACUUAACCUGCGACAAAUGGAGAUUUGUUCUAGACCCCGCCGCCCUGCUGUUGUUUUUAAUUUGUACUGUAGCUUUGCAUACAGGACGUUUAUACAAGGGCACCUUUGGUUUUACACCCAAACCAUAAUCUGGUGAGUUGGUUUCACAAAAAUACAUCAAAAAUGUGACUGAAUUUAAGAGUUAUUUAUACAUAAACACACAUUUAUGUGUAUUGUACACUGAGUCAAAUGGAGCCACCACAUGGACCGGGUCUUGUCCCGUGUCAGCCGUCAUCAGGUACUCAGUUAUCACUCAGUGGUUUCAAACCUCUGUUUGUCCCAGGUGUGUUCCAUGAAUUUCUGUGUGUGUGUGUGUGUGUGUGUGUGUGUGUGUGUGUGUGUGUGUGUGUGUGUGUGUGUGUGUGUAUGGGGCGUUUGUGGAUUUUUUUUCCCAUGUUGGUAAACAUAGGUGUCGAGAAGAUGGUCAUCUUAUUUGAGAUGACGUCAGUUUUUUGGUCAGAGUUGUAGCUGCAGAGAUGGGUGACCCUGUCGUGUGUACCUUAGUUUUAGUAAGGGACAUCUCUCUCGCUCUUUCUCUCUGGCCCUUUCUUUUGGGUCGACUCUGGUAUCUGCUACAGACAGAACAUCCGGCCACCGGUAAAUAAACCAUGUAUGUAUUGUAAAUAUAUUUAUCAGAUUCCCUCUGCUGUGCUUUUGGCUAACAGCGUGUACUGUCGUCUGUAGCAGAUCCCAGCUGAAUCCAUGCUUGACAGAGAAAAACCUUGUUUGAUACAAAUUGUAUCAUUAACUAAGUCGCUGAUGUUAUAUACAGUACAUGGACUCGAUGAUCCGUAUCUAUCAAACACUCUUGAUGUAUUGCUGUAUGAUAAAAGUGCAGUGACAAAACUUUUGUUCCAAUCGAGAUGUUCCAACUUUUAAUCUUGUGGAAAUAGCUUUGAGACAAUUAUUUCAAAUAUAUUUUAAACAAAAGGAGUUGGGUGCCUACUAUGUUUAGGCGCCGCAGCUUCGUUACCUUUUGGGUUUAAAGCUGGCUUAUUGUUAUUUUAUUUUUUUUAUACAGGAGCUCUGGUUAACAAAUACUUGCUAGGUACUCAUCGGAAAUAAGAAAAGGUUUAGGUUUCAGUAUGAGGUUUGGGCCAGUCCAUGUUAGGAUUUUUUAGCCUCUUCUUAAAGUCAGGAAAUAAUGUUCAAUUAUGCUUUAAAUAACAUAAAAUUGAUGUUUUUUCAGAAAUCAAUUUAUUGUCUCUAUUAAAAGGGACCUUUUAUGUGAAUUUCCAGUAAUGUAUUUUUAUUCUGGGAGUCCACUAGAGUAGCUUUGCAUGAUUUGUAGUUCUUAAAAAACAACAACAAUAAAAAAACCUAUCCAUACAGUUCAUUCUGGAUCUUAGACAUUUUCGCUCCCAGCUCUUUGAGGCUCCUCCUCCCUAAAAGGCUACUUUGUUCUGAUUGGCUAGCUCUCAUCAGACUUCGGGAAACAGAACCCAGUGCUUGACCAUAUUAGGAAAUCGAGUUGAUGUCAGCUCAGCAGAAAAGUUAAAAAAAAAAUAAAAAAAAAUCAAGCAUCAGGACUCAGGAGCAGCCUGAGGCCUGGAGUUUAUGCUAGCAGACAAGUGCGUACAGUGACCUCAGUAAAAACUUUGAUCACGUUUAAUUGCAGUCAACAUUGUAGCAUUGUUUAUGUAUGGCAGAAUAUAAGGAAAAGCAUAAAAAGGUCGCCUUUUUUUCCUGGGUUGAGUGCACAGACCCCAGCCAUGUUUGUAAAGGGGACUUAUAUAUUUAAAAUCCUAUGGCGGCCAUUUUGAAUGUAUCUAAAGUUCUACUGAAGCUCUACUCAGAGUGUCUGCCAUAGCAAACAGAUGUGGUCUUCAUGUAACACUAAUUCAUCACCUCACUAUUGAAUUAUUUGGAAUAACGACAAUAUAAAUCUAGCAAAGGUUAGCGAGCUAAGCUGCUAGCUGCUUUCUAGUAGUCAAAUGUUGAAAACUUCUGUCCGAUAUUUAAAUACAAAAUAUUAAAACUCCUUUAGCCUUAGUGGAUUACUGCCUGGUAGCUCAACAAAUGAAGACAAUAUUUCAGUUUCAGCAUUUAGAGGUUAAAUUACAGCUGCCUUGGCAACCCAAGCACUUCCUUAGAGAGAAAUGUUAGCAUUAGCUAUGCGUUCAAGAUGCUACCUGCCUGUGGGACUAUUGAGGAAGACAUACUUCUAAUAGCAGGAUGCAGCAUUAAGUAAAAUGUUCACCAACUUUAUAUUUUUUAUUUUCCUUUCAAUGUUAAUGUUGCUGGAGUUCUUCAGAACACAAGUUUGGCUGUUUUCGAUCGACUGGAGGCCCUAAACUGUAAAGUUCAAAAUGGCCACCGAGGAAGUAAAAGUCUAGCACUUGAGCUCAUCGUACCAUUAAUCACAAGCCAGCUACAUAUAGCCCACUGGUUUCUUUCCUGUCCAACACAUGCUGUUGAUGAGAGAGAACCUUUGUGUGUAUUGAAGAAGCGCCUUCUCUCUGGCCUCCUGGCACUGUGUGUCAGCGUGGCACCUGAGGGUGGGCCCAAAGUAAUGCCUCUUCGUGGCAUUGUGCUUAUGACACAUCCAAUAAUCUGAACUAUGUUCAGCAAACUGUUAUGCAUGUUUUUGAUUUGUUUAGUUUCUGCAUGUGUUCUUGUUUAAUUUAUGUACAUAUCCGUGUUCCUGGAAGCAUGUCUUGCCGUUAUUGUGACGUGAUGCUAGUUGUUGUUUAAGUGUUGUUUUUAGGUUUAACUGUACACAUAACAAACUUUUUUCCUUUUUGGUGUGUGAAUUUUUCACUUAUUGUCCGGUCUUGAUUUCUACAACACUGGAUAUUUACUUCUUGGGAUUAAGAAGCCUGUGAUGGAUGACGUCCCAUUUUUCUCCAGCUGUUUCCUUUGGAAGUGCACUCAGCCAUAUAUAGCAAUAUGCUGACUUGCGGAUAUUAUAACAUAUAAAAACCUAUUAUUUCACGUAGUAUUUACAUUUAGAACACUGUAAGUACUUCAAUAUUAUAACACUUUCUGCUGUAACUGUGAUUAUUCAUUAAAGAGUACUGCUAUAAAA